AUGGUAUCAUUUCAGUCGGUUAUAACGGCAAUUUGCUCUUUAUCAUCUUGCUUUCCGCAACUAGAUUUAAACCUUUAUCUACAGGACGAGUACUUAUUGACCGCCAAUUUAAGUUUGGCCAGCAACCAAAGUUUAACUGUGGCAAUCGAUUUCACUUCUAAUGCGUUUUGGGUAUUUGCUGCUCAACAAGAAAAUAAAAACGAAACCAAAGUAUUGCCCAGCGGCGUUUUUACCAUAAGGUAAUUUUUAAAAUGUCAUAAAAGAGUAGUAAAACCUAAAUUCAUUUAAAAAAAUUAGAAUUUUAAUAUAAAAAUGUUUCAGAAACGACAACCAAGUCAUAUUUGAUAAAAACUCAACAAGUAAACUUCUCAAAUAUGCCAAACCUCUGUACGAGAACGACUUUAAUGUCACAAUCAAGUAUGCACGAACUGUCAUCAACCUAAACAACGAUUUGGUCGGAAUCCCACAAAUAGGAGUUGAUUUGAGUAAUGUAUCCAGCGAGUUGAGUAAUAUUAUUGGUGGUAGUGGAUUAUUUGGAAUUACGCCGGAUUCGUACGCAAACAGCAUAUCAAUGAGUACGACACAAGGGAAUUUGUUGCUAUUAUACACUCCAACGUAAAUUUUAAAGUUUUUUUUAUAAUUAAUUUUAGGUAUGGUAAAACAGGUGGACGCUUAGCAACUGGUACACGUGCCACUGAUGUCAGAUGUGAUUUAAACUUUCUAAAGUAUUCUCUGGUCGAAACGGAGGCAAUGUAUAAAGGUUCGGGAGGAGAUUACUUUGCUUUUAACUCGUCUUUGUAAGUUUAAACUUAUUUCGCUAAUACUUGACAUCUACGCUUGUUUUAUUUGGUUUAAAUUUUAACCAAUUUCAAAAAGUUUAGAACCCAAAGCACGAUGAUACUGUCGACAAUGACCUCAUUUGUGUACGUUCCUGAUGACCUAUUUAAAAAAAUAGAGAUAGCGACAAGAGCUGUGUGGGACACCCGACGUUUCAAAGAUGGAGAACAUAAGCCAAAAUUUAAGCAACACAUGUUGGUCUCGUGCAACAUGAUCAAAAAAGCUCCGAAUAUACGAUUUGGAAGUUCUAGUGCCCCACUCCUACUCAGAGGGAAGGACUACAUUAAACAAACGGUAAUCCAAAGUUAGGGAACAAUAGGUUAAAGGCUACCUAGUCAUACGAUCAGUAUUAGAUAAAACUGUACAAAUUUUAAAUCUUUUAAUUUAAAGCAAAAAUUGGGGUAAAGAUCCAUGUAGGGCAGAAUCGGUUAAGAUUGAUGUUGUAUUAAACCUGAACUUUUAGGCUAGUGGAUAUUGCAUCCUUAAGCUUCGCAAAAUGCCGGAACACAAAGGAUUCUGGAUACUCGGCUAUCCAUUUCUACAAAAAUACUGCGUUAAGAUUGACUUUCAUGGCAAAACUGUAUCUUUUGCAAAAAGUAAAACAUAA